AUGCCGCUGCUGCGAGGCGGCGCUUGGAGCUGCCGGGAGCGCAAGCACCAACCCCCUCCCCACCCGCAGCUCCUCCCGCGGGCGAUGGGAAGGAGAACCGGAGCACUGCCGGGUUGGGCUGCUCUGCCGGCGCCUCGGGAGGAGGGCGAGAGAGCGGCUCCCGCGGCUCCGCUGCAACCCAGAGGCGCGCGCACCGGAGCGCCAAGCCGCGCCCGGCCACCCCCAGCGCUGCGGAAGCACCUCGAGGACGCGGCGGCGCCCCACGAAGCGCCCUUGUCCGUCGCAAAGGGGAAGAGGAGAAGGAAGCCCGUGCGGAUCUUGCGCGGGACGAGCGUAACGCACCCGGACCCGCGCCCACCUUCGUUUCCGAAGCGCCACCCUGCCGCUGCUUUUGCGCAGCCGGCCCGGGAGCCCUCGCCUCGCCUCGCCGCCCUCUCCAUCUCCUCUCCCGGGGCUCCUCUUUGGCUGCAAAUCGGGGCGAGGAAGCAAGAAGGGAGCGGCAGGACUCCGUGCUGCAGCGGCAAUAAUUGCACCAAUAAUAGCAAUUAUCUGCGGGUUUGGCGGACCUCGUGGGGUCCCCAAAUCCGUGCGCCGCAGAGAGACAGAAAACCUGGCGUGAUGCAGCAGUUGCAGAAAAGGAGGCUGGGGAUUUGGGAGCACAGCGACGAGGAAACCGUGACCCGGCGCCCUUCCCCGGUUUUUUAA